GCCUGCGCUCUCUCUGCUUGAAAUCCGUGGAACACACAUCGAGGUCAGGCCCUUCUCCUCAGUUCCAAGAUCCUUCUCUACCCUCCCACAGCCUCCAUCGCGCACACAAUGGAUAAACACGCAACGCGCCUCCUGCGCCGCCUCAAGCGAUUAGUCGCUCAAGACGAACCCAUCCUGUCGCCCUUCGCGGCCCGCCUUUCAACCGGGGCAGUUGCUCUUCACGCGAAGACAUUCCCCGCUACUACCGCCGAAACCCAACAUUCCGCGCUCAUUCCUGCAGCCACCGCAUUCCCCGCGCUCGCGGCGGCCAUCGCAGCUGCUGCGUCGGGGACCACGAGCGGAAAGGUCAGAGAUUCGCCUCGCAGCAGCGCAAUGAUGCCGCCGCCGAGCCCUCGCCCCGGCAAGUCGCCACGUCACCCCCGCGCCACCGGCGGCGAUGGAACCUGCGCGACAAGUGUCUUUGCUGGCAAUGCCGCGCGACGCACGCCGGCCAAUACCACUUCUAGCCUUUCGAAGUCGCUGGAUGGUGGCGCGUCGGUGACGUCCCUCGCGCUUCGCGGCUCGGACGCUGCUUCCGCGGAUGGCUCCACCUCGCCAGGCAAUGCCGCGGCGGUGCGGCGAUGCAGCAGCGCCGCGGAGGCUGGCAGCGGAGAGAACCGCGGCAGCGCCCAGGUCGCGUGCCGACACGACGAUUCGAACGCCGCGAUGGUAACCGAAGCGGCCACCGCAAAAGCCGGUGAGAGCUCGAGCUGCGGCAGGCGAAGUCUCGCACGAGGCACCUCCGACGGCGCGUCGAACCGCGCAGCUCUCCCCUCGGCCCGUCCUGCUUCCAAGAAGCGGCUGCGCGCGCCGAUAUCGCUGGAGAUACCAACCUCCGGCUGCUGCGACUCCCUGCCCAACUCUCCUCGCUCCCCCGGGCGGGACCUCGGCUUUUCCGCUUCCCCGCGCAGGCGGAGCAGCCGCGGGCGGACCUGCGGCGAGCCUGUGCCGCGUCAGCCGCCGGCGGAGCAACUUUUGCAGCAUCUGCAGUCGCUGCUGGUGGCGCGACCCGCGUCGCAGGAGCAGGAGCAGCAGCGGCGAGAGCAGCUGGCGGCGCUGAACGAGCUCACCAUGGACCUCCUCGUCGAAAACGUCGUCCUCGCCAUGUCCAAAAGCGGCGCCGCCGCCGCCGGGGACGCUCCCGGGGCCGCCGCUGCUGGGACCAACGAAAAUCCUCGAGCCCGCGGCGGUGGGAGUGAGGCACCCGUGAGUCCGCCGCCUGGUGAUGCUAUUACUGGGAGCCCUCUUGAUGCGUCUCGGACGGAGGACAGCUCGAGCGGAGGAAAUGUUCGUGAGGAGAACGCUCAAAAUGCUGCGGUGAAGGCGGCGAGUGCGGCCGAUUGCCGCGUUGCUGUGUCUACUGCUGCUGAUGCUGAUGCUGCUGAUGCUGCUGAUGCUGCUGCUGCUGUGGCAGCGGUGGUCUUGCUUGCUGCUUCCGCUGUCUCCUCCACCUCGGAUGCACCGUCUCCCCGCUCGUCCUUCUCCCGUGCAGGCCAUUUUUUGCCCUCCGCCCCUGUCCCUCCACUGGUCUCACCGUCAUCUCCGUCCGCAAUCGAUUCCCCGUCUGCCACGAUCUCUCCAUGCCUGGAGAGCAAGCAGGCGGUUGCAGUAGAUCAUUGCGACGGAGCAGUCAAUGCGCUGCAGGGACUCACCAGUGACGCCAUGGCUGACUCUGCUCCUGGGGGCCGUGAGGGCUUGCUGUCGGACGAUCCUGUUAUUCCAUGGGACGAGUUUCUGCGAUUGGUGGAGGACCAACCAGGGGAAGCUGGGACGAACAGUGCUUGUGGGGCGGGGGGUGAUACGCCAUCGCUGAUGCUUGUGGAUGGGGAGGCGGGAGAAUUGACGAGGGAGAGGAGUGUGAGCGGACAUUGCAAGACUGGAGGUAAAGGUGUCUCUGAUGACAUGAUGCAGAUGCAGGAGCUCCUAUCAGACCUGAUGCAGUCACCAGGCUGGAGAGAGGCUUCUGCCGCCACUGCAGGCGCCUGUGACAGCAAAGAAGCUGCAUACAACGUGGGCAUGGACCCAUGGAUGCAAUCCUUCGUAUAUAGUGAGGAUGGAUACAUGACGGAAGCUGAUGGUUGUGCUCUGGAGCCAUCCUUGAAACGCAUUAGGAUGUCGACCCAACUUCCUCCUGCGUCUGCUGCCUAAAGGUGAUAUGCUUUGUGCUUCCAACCACAGUCGUUUGCCUACUAUUAUAUUUAACAUCUCUCAAUAGUGAGUAAAUCUAAAAUAUGGUG